AUGGCUUCAGUGUUCAUGUGCGGAGUGGAGGACCUGCUGUUCAGCGGCAGCCGCUUCGUGUGGAACUUGACCGUGUCCACGCUGCGGAGAUGGUACACGGAGAGGCUGCGGGCUUGCCACCAGGUGCUGCGGACGUGGUGCGGGCUGCGGGAAGUGUACCAGAUGACGGAAGGCAGGCACUGCCAGGUGUGCCUCCUGGAUGACCGGAGACUGGAGCUGCUGGUUCAGCCCAAGCUUUUAUCAAGAGAGUUGCUGGAUCUCGUGGCUUCUCAUUUCAACCUGAAAGAAAAGGAGUACUUUGGAAUCACGUUUACAGAUGACACGGGUCAGCAGAACUGGCUUCAGCUAGACCACCGAGUCCUUGACCACGAUUUACCCAAGAAACCAGGCCCAACCAUCUUGUGCUUCUCUGUGAGGUUUUACAUUGAGAGCAUAUCGUUCCUGAAGGAUAAAACCACCGUGGAGCUGUUUUUCCUGAACGCAAAGUCCUGUGUGCACAAGGGGCAAAUCGAAGUAGACAGCGAAACUAUCUUCAGGUUAGCGGCACUCAUUUUACAGGAAGCCAAAGGGGAUUACACCAGUGAUGAAAAUGCCAGGAAAGAUUUAAAGACACUUCCAGCUUUUCCAACCAAAACUCUGCAGGAACAUCCCUCCCUUGCUUACUGUGAGGACAGAGUAAUUGAACAUUAUUUGAAAAUCAAAGGUCUGACUCGGGGUCAAGCUGUCGUUCAGUAUAUGAAAAUAGUAGAAGCUCUGCCAACCUAUGGAGUCCAUUAUUAUGCAGUAAAGGAUAAACAAGGACUUCCUUGGUGGCUUGGAAUCAGCUAUAAAGGAAUUGGCCAGUAUGAUUUGCAAGAUAAGGUGAAACCUCGGAAAUUAUUCCAAUGGAAACAGCUGGAGAACUUAUAUUUCCGUGAGAAAAAGUUUGCUGUUGAAGUUCAUGAUCCACGGAGGAUUUCAGUAUCCAGAAGAACCUUUGGGCAGAGUGGCCUCUUUGUGCAAACGUGGUAUGCGAACUCCUCUCUCAUCAAGUCCAUCUGGGUAAUGGCAAUUAGUCAGCAUCAGUUUUACUUGGACCGGAAGCAAAGCAAAGCAAAAAUCCCUUCAGCCAGGAGUUUAGACGAUAUCGCAAUGGACUUGACAGAGACAGGAGCACCAAGGGUCUCCAAACUGGUGACACUCGAGGCGAAAAGCCAGUUCAUUAUGGCAAGCAACGGCAGUUUAAUUUCCUCAGGUUCUCAAGACUCAGAAGUCAGUGAGGAGCAAAAGAGAGAGAAGAUCCUUGAACUCAAGAAGAAGGAAAAACUGUUGCAAGAAAAGCUCCUAAAGAAAGUUGAAGAGCUUAAGAAGAUCUGUUUGCGGGAGGCUGAGCUCACAGGCAAAAUGCCCAAGGAGUAUCCUCUGAACGUAGGUGAGAAACCUCCUCAGGUCAGAAGGCGUAUAGGUACCGCGUUCAAAUUAGAUGACAACUUGCUGCCAAGUGAAGAGGAUCCUGCUUUGCAAGAACUGGAGAGCAAUUUCCUAAUACAGCAAAAGCUGGUUGAGGCUGUGAAGAAACUUGCCAGUGAGCCCGACCUUUGCAAAACCGUGAAGAAAAAACGAAAGCAAGAUUACACGGAUGCGGUGAAAAAGCUUCAGGAGAUUGAAAAUGCUAUAAAUGAGUACCGCAUUAGAUGUGGAAAGAAACCCAGCCAGAAAGCAACAGUUAUCUUACCAGAAGACAUCAUCCCAUCAGAAAGCAGCUCCUUGUCUGACACUACCACCUGUGAUGAUCCCAACGAUACCUUCACUCUUGCUGGGCAGCGAUCAAGUUCAGUACCUCAUUCUCCAAGAAUUCUGCCUCCCAAGUCUCUCGGUAUUGAGAGAAUCCAUUUCAGAAAGUCGUCCAUCAAUGAACAGUGUGUGGAUACCAGACAGUCCAGAGAAAUGCUGUCCACACACAGCAGUCCUUACAAAACUCUGGAGAGGCGGCCCCAGGGAGGACGAAGCAUGCCCACCACCCCCGUUCUCACCCGGAAUGCCUACAGUAGCAGCCAUUUGGAACCCGAGCCUUCAUCUCAGCACUGCCGCCAGAGGAGUGGAAGCCUCGAGUCUCAGUCUCACCUGCUGUCGGAGAUGGACCACGAAAAGCCAUUUUUCUCCCUCUCCAAAUCCCAAAGAAGCAGCAGCACUGAAAUCCUGGAUGACGGAUCUUCGUACACCAGCCAGUCGAGCACCGAGUAUUACUGCACCACGCCCGUGGCCGGCCCCUAUUACACCACCCAGACGCUGGACACUCGCUCCCGGGGUCGCAGAAGGUCCAAGAAACAGAACGUCUCGACUUCCAAUUCGGGAAGCAUGCCCAACCUAGCACACAAGGAUAGUCUGAGGAAUGGUGUCUACCCCAAGAGUCAGGAGCAGCCUUCUUCCAGCUGCUACAUUGCCGGGUACACGCCCUACGCUGAGUGUGACCUCUAUUAUGCCGGCGGCUACGUCUAUGAGAAUGACACGGAGGGACAGUACAGUGUGAAUCCUUCCUACCGGUCGUCCGCCCACUACGGAUAUGACCGCCCAAGGGACUGCAGCAGGUCCUUUCACGAGGACGAGGUCGACCGGGUGCCCCAUAAUCCGUACGCCACACUCCGGCUGCCGCGGAAGGCUGCCGCCAAGUCAGAGCACAUCACCAAAAACAUCCACAAGGCCUUAGUGGCAGAGCACCUGCGAGGCUGGUACCAGCGGGCCUCUGGGCAGAAGGAGCAGGGCCACAGCGCACAGACUAGCUUUGACUCAGACAGGGGCUCUCAGAGAAGCCUGGGCUUUGCCGGGCUGCAGGUCCCCUGUUCUCCGAGCAGCCGUGCUUCCUCCUACUCCUCAGUGUCUUCCACAAAUGCUUCUGGGAACUGGAGGACUCAGAUAACCUUAGGGCUAUCUGAAUACGAGAUCCCAGCACAUUCUUCCUACACCAGCUGCUAUAGCAACAUCUAUAAUCCUUUACCUUCUCCAGGCAGACCGUACACAGAGACCGGUCAACUGGACGGUACAGAGGGAAGCCGGCUGGAAGACAGCCUGGGGAGUAGUGAGCAGAGGCUCUUCUGGCACGAAGACUCCAAGCCCGGAACAUUAGUCUGA